CUCUCUCUCUCUCUCUCUUUGCUUCAGCUCCACACACCAUUAUCGAUCACAGCUAGCAUAUCUGCUUGAUCAGACCUAAAACCCCAAAUUAUUAGCUUAUAUGCUGCUCUACGUCAGCUAGGGUUGAUUCAAAUGACAGUUUUUCUAUACUAGUUUGUGUAUUAGUAUCAUGUGCAGCUUGUCCAUGCCAAUUGGGAUGGAGAAUUAUCAAGGCGAUUUAACUGAUAUACUUCGAGCUGGUGCUGCUGCUACUGGAUCGUCCUCAUCGUCGGCUUAUCAUUCCGAAACAAUGAACUCCGAGAGUUGGCAGUUUUCCUCCGAUGAUAACCAUUCUAUGAAAUUCUCGACGUCAAUAGCCAUGGGAGAAGAAGUAGAAGACGCAAGGGACAAUUUCGGCGAUCCGUUCUCGUCCUACAUACGCGAUCCACUUCUUCACGAGCUGACGUCGUCCACUUCCACCGGCGGCUUCUUCAGUUCGACUCCGGAAAUGAACAUCAGUGUAGACAUGGAAGCUCGUGCGGCGCCGUUUGGUGCUUCUCAUGUACUUGGUCAACACCAUCAUCAAGGUGAAGUUAGUAAGAGGUCUGCUUGCAACAACAUAUUCUCACGUAUGCUUCAGAUCUCCCCCGGCGGCGACGUGGCGGGGUGUGAUUCGGUGGCGGUGUUGGGGUCGUCGCCGAGGGGAGGAGGAGGAAUCAAGGCGGGGCCUGGUGGUGUUAUGGUUGGAAGCGACAUGAUUAAUGCAAACAGCUCAAAAGGUUGCUUGCUCGAGAACACCGGAGUUGGGGUGCAGAUCUCAUCUCCACGGAAUCCGGGUAUCAAGCGAAGGAAGAGCCAGGCGAAGAAGGUGGUAUGCAUUCCAGCACCAGCAGCAGCAAACAGUAGGCCAACUGGAGAAGUAGUUCCAUCUGAUCUGUGGGCAUGGAGAAAGUAUGGUCAGAAACCCAUCAAAGGUUCACCAUACCCAAGAGGUUACUAUAGAUGCAGCAGCUCAAAGGGUUGCUCAGCAAGGAAACAAGUAGAGCGUAGCCGGACUGAUCCAAACAUGUUGGUAAUCACCUACACUUCCGAGCACAACCAUCCCUGGCCAACCCAGAGAAAUGCUCUUGCCGGCUCAACCCGAUCCCAGCCAUCGAAAGCCGGUGCCGGUUCAAAGACCUCUCCUAAUACGGGUCAUCAUCAAAAGCCAAAUAGCCCAGCAAAGGAAGAACAGAAGGCUGCAGCUGACGGCAUGAACGAGGAUAAUCAUGUACUGUCUCCGGUUAAUGCAACUGUUGGGAGUAGUUCAACAGUUAAAGAAGAGUUUGAGGACAUUGAGAAGCUGCAAUUAGAGAUCGAUCAACCUCUUCAUCACCAUCAUCAGCAUGAUAGUGAUCAUCAUCACCAGUUCAGUAAUCAUGAUCAAGGGUUUCCUUACAGACCAUCAAUGCCUGAACAGUCCAACAACCAAUCAGAGGAUUUCUUUGCUGAUCUAGGAGAAAUUGAAGCUGACCCACUAAACCUCUUGUUCUCACAAUGUUUCACUGCAGAUGAACAGCAAAAGGGAGGAAACAAGGGUGCCAUGGAUGCCUUCAAUCUCUUUGAUUGGUCUGGAGAUCAAAACACCAAUAUCACCCCCAACAACGAUCCUUCAUUUGGUCAUGAAGCUAAGAGGGGUCUAUAACAAGAGCAACGUACCCUUGAAACAACUUAACAUCCUCCCGACUAAACAAGAGUUCAGACUACUCUUUUUAAGUUAGUUUUUGUGGUAAUGUUUUGAUAUGAAUCUUCCGGUGUGUAUUGAGUACGUAAGACGAGAUGAACCACAUUUUUAAAUCACAUUAGAUAACUUUGUUGCGACAGGUUAAUUGUUACGUACAUUUUAUCAUACACGUUAUUUGAUAUAUAAUGUGUCACUAAUGUGGUCUAAAAAUGUAGUUGCUUUAGC